UCAAAGUUUCUACACGAAUAAAUUCCAAGUUUACUUAAACAACUGACAAUAGAAAUAUUGGUCAGUAUAAAGCGUUCCUUUGAGUGAAAUAGAAAAGAAAACAAAGCUAUAUUAAAUUAUUUCGUUAAUAAUGGACGGUCUGAAAAAGCCCCUUCCUGACGAGCUUGUAAUCAAAAUACUUUUUCAUUGUGAUGGACAGACAUUUAUGAGAUGUGCCAGAGCUUGUAAACGAUUCCACAGAAUUGCUGCUGGUAUGGGAGCCGAUAAAUCUAAAUAUUGGUAUCAUGCAGUUAAGAGAGAUAUUGAACCAUCGCUAAUUUCCCAAUUGCUGCUCAAUCAUCCUGUUGAGUUAGGUGACAAAAUUCAUAAUCUCUAUCAAGUACUUUACUCGGAGGCAUCAGCUGAUGAUGCGAUCUAUUGGCCAGCGCGUUAUGACCCUUGGUAUCAACUCUAUACAAAAUGGUUUUCAGGAUCACAGCUGAAAAACAAAAGCUUUACACGUUACAAUGUCGAUGGAUUACACAAUAAUCAUGUAGCUAUUAUAAAACAAUCAGGUGAUCUCGUAAUAACAGGACAUUAUAAUGGAGCCGUCGCUGUUCAUAACUGUACUUCUGAUACUAUGACAUAUAUUACCGUUCAUCUACGUGAGAUAACAGGAAUUGCUCUGGUCAAUUUAACUUUGCAUCAAUCUUUUAAAUAUCUUGAAAAUGCUAAGUGCAAUCAUCAUCAUAUUAUAUCAAUUGCUAGAGGGGGUCAUCUACGUUGUUAUCCGAUAUUUCCAACGGAAGAAACCGAUGGAUCGUCAACAUUGAGCACGAGACUAGCAGAAAAAGAUCUUAAUGAUGUGCGUGUGUUUGGAAACCAGUGUGUCGUUCAAACAAAAGAUGCAUUUUUUGUUCUCAAAAUAACACUGCCUAAAAGUGCCAACCGAGAUUUUCGUUCUGCUGAUUCUCUUAUUACUCCGCUGGAAAUUAGCAAGAUGCAUACAAUUUCCAUCAAUACAAAUAUAUGCUUUAAAGCAACUAGUUGGAUGAAUUUCUGGAGAAAUAAGAUUACACAUGUUGAUGGUUUAACUUUCCGAAUCGAUAUCCAUGACUCUGCCUGUAAAGAUUGGAUUUGGGACUACACGCCAGAGUUUUCAUCAACUCUUUCAUUAACAGGGUCGCAAAACAAAAACCGCGCUGUGAUUUCCCGUGCUUUCCUCUUUAGAGAUAAAAUCGCCCUUUUCGUCUCAAGUACAGGAGGUGUAUAUGUUACUCUGGAUUUGGAUACAAUUCAAGAAAUACCAACAUUGGAGCAUUUUGAUGCUGGUGUAUCAGUCAUUUCAUAUUGGGGGAGUUUAAUUGCUUUCGGACUAACAAAUGGCAAAAUAUACGGCUAUAGCGUCUUGGAAUCUUCCAAAUUGUUAAGUUUGGAUCUUUCUGACCCAAUAUUUGUUAGACACAUCGAUCCAGAUAGAGGAAGUGAAGCAAUAGUUUCAUUGGAUGUUUACAAUUCAGGAUCGGGUUAUUCUAUUGCAGCUUCUACUUUAUACAGCUUGACUGUCUUUAAAAGUGUCGGUUGAUGGCUCAUAACAUGUAUUCAAUAUCGGUUAAAUCAAAAAGUCUCACGUCUAUUUUGUCCAGAAUUUGGAUGGUAACUUGAGAAUCUUAGGAUUAAUGAUGACUCUCAAAUUAAAGCGGAUGGUUUGUUUAAUUUGUUAAAGAUCUCCGCUAAAUCAAUUAAUCAAGUUUUGAAAAUCGUGUUUAAUUUGUUCAAUUAAUUAAGUUAUUUUAUUGUUUCUUUUCAUAAUUAAAGUUAAAAACUGUAAAUUAGUUUCAAUCAUUCGCUUUGGAA